AUGUCACAACCGUCCUUACCCUAUAAUAAAUACCGCAUUCGACCGGCGACAUACUCUGACGUGCCUGCUGUCACUCGAUUGUACGCCUGGUCAUUUGGUAACGAGCCCUUGAUUGAGUUCUUCUUUCCAACACGAAAACAAGAACCUGAGUCCUUCUAUACAUGGGCUUACCGCAGAAAUCUGUGCCGGUAUUGGACGCUGGGCUAUUCGCUCAAAGUGAUCGUUGAUAUGCACGAUUAUCCUGUUGGCUUCUCCUGGUGGAAGCGACCAACAGUCUCAUACUCAUUUUUACAAAAAAUAUCCAGUCUCUCAUUUUGGAUCUGUCCAUUUGUCAAAGUUGUCACUUCUGUUAAGAAUCUUUUUUCCCCAGUGCAUGGAUUUGAGCCUAGAAAUAUGGAAGCAUUUGAGCGUAGCCUCUCUAUUGUUGAGCCAAGGGUACUUGAUACCCCAGCAAGACGAGAAGGCCAAUAUCUGGCAUUACUUGCUAUCGACCCUUUUCUUCAAGGUCAAGGACUUGGGCAAUUUUUACUUGAGGAUGACUUGCGAACUGUUGAUCAGGAAGGGUCGGUUGCUUGGCUUAUUAGUCUGGCCGGUCUUGAAAGCUUUUACAGCAAGUUUGGGUUCAAGGAAACUGCUAAGAUCAAUAUCGAAGAGUUGGGAGAUUGGAAGGGUGGCAUGAUAAUGCUACGGGAUUAG